AUGUCCAACAAGUUGUUGCCAUCGCAGCCACCGCAGGAGGCAGACGCUGGUGGAUGGAACCGACGGAAUGUUUUGGAGUCGCUGAGCACAAAUGCAAAGGACCGCGCAACGAGCGCAUGGUUUCAGGAACUGGCGCGGACUGAAGAGGAGGGCGAUGCGGCGUUUGCCCGUGCUCGCCCUCCGUUAUUUCGUAGGGCUCAGCGGACACACGUUCGGUCGGAUGAGGAGCGCCGCAGGAUGGACAACUAUGAGAGCAUUGAUUACAGCGAACCCCAGUCAACUGUCUACAAGAAGCGUAUGGCGCAAUGGAAGAAGGAACCACGUUGGCUCAAGUGGGUUAUGUUUAUUGCAGUAGGCAUUUGUGUUGGUUUGUGGUCCGUAUUACUUUUUCAAACUCUCGAGUAUCUUGAGCGCCGGAAGCGAGGGAUGUUACGUACUUAUCUGCAUGAGACCCAUGGGCGUGGUGGGACUGAAGCGCAGACCGUUGGAGGAGGUGCAGGUUUUCCAAUGCGGUCAACCCCCAGUGGUGUUAGUUGGGCUGUGGCUGGAAAAUGCUAUAUAAUAUAUAUCCUAUGGUGUGCCGGUUUUGCGCUGCUCUCCUCCCUCUGUUGCCUUGUGAUGCCCACAGCAGCCGGCAGCGGUGUCCCCGAAGUUAUGGCUUACCUGAAUGGCGUGAUGUUUCCCCGUGUGUUUAACAUACGCAAUUUAAUCGUGAAGACGCUCUCCUGCAUUUUUGUUGUAUCUGCCGGUGUUCCUGUCGGAGCGGAGGGCCCGAUUAUUCACAUUGGCUCUCUUAUUGGCGCGGGAUUGCCAACAGGGCGGAGCCGAACGUUGAACUGUGGUGCCACGUCGCUGCUUUCAACCUUCCGUAACCCACGAGAUAUGCGGAGUUUCAUAUCGGCUGGUGCUGCCUGUGGCGUGACGUCUGCUUUCUCGGCGCCUAUCGGUGGGCUGCUGUUCGUGAUGGAGGAGGUGGCCACGUUUUUUUCGGUGAGGCUCGCGUGUAUGGUUUUCGUCUCUUGUUUGGCAUGCAUGUGUGUGAUUCAGAUAGUCAACUCCUACAUGAGCGGUUGGCAUCUGCUGGCACAAUCACCAAUGACUCACGGUGAGUUUCUACCAUCGGCGAUCGCAAUGUUUAUUGUCAACAACGUACCGGGUAACCACGUGCCGCUGAAUGUCUACACGUUUAUACCAACAGUUGUCGGUUCCUUAGCCCUUGGGCUGCUUGCUGUUUUGUACACAGUAUCGAGUGUCAGAUUUUUGCGAUGGCGCAGGGAGCGACUCUUUCCCAAUACGUUCCUGCGUGUUUUGGAGCCUUGCUUGUUUUCGUUGGCGUACAACACUGUUUGCUACGUGCUACCGCUGGCGUUCGGUUGCAUCGAAAUACCUCCGUACGUGAAAGAUCACAAAGCGGAGAUGAAAGUUGAACUCUUCACCGAAUUUUGCGCGGAUCGUGAGAACACAUUCAAUCCAUUAGCGACGCUUGCACUGAUGGGUCCUUACAAUAGUAUACGCGUCUUGUUCUCGCGUCACACCACGGGGCUGAUUCCGUGGUACGCGUGUUUGCUACAACUUAUGCUUUACACAUUCUCUUCAAGCUACGCGGGAGGAAUGUUCGUAUCCUGCGGCACGGUUAUUCCUUCCCUCUUUAUUGGUGCGAUGGGUGGCCGGCUCGUUGGCACCUUGUUCAACAAUGAGGUAUGGGCGGAUCCUGGGGUGCUAUCUCUCAUCGGCGCCGCCUCGUACUUUUCCGGCAUCUCCCGUCUCUCGUUUUCUCUCAUCGUGAUUAUGAUGGAGAUGACUGCGGAUCUUACCCACAUUACUUGCCUAAUGGUAGGAGUCGUCUUUGCCCGAGCGUUAGCCGAUCGUUUCUGCCACUCCUUAUACCACUCACUGCUUGACCUGAAGUCGGUGCCUUUCCUGGAGGCACAGACAGGUGUGCACAAGUUUGAUAUGUUUUGUGCCAAGGAUAUCAUGACAUCCCCUGCAGUGACUCUCAACACUGUGGAGUCCAUUGCACAAGUGGUGGAGGUGCUGCAGUCCACACAGCACAACACGUUCCCUGUGGUGGCCAUGGCGAAGAUGACAUACAAGGGUGUCAUAUCCCGCUCCCAGUUGGAACUGUUGUUGUGGUUCAUGUACUUCCGUGAGACAGAUGGGUCAGAUGUGAUAGAUAGUGGCCGCUUGAGUAUGCUUGCUAGCAACGUGCCCUGUGGAGGUAAAAACGGAGAAUCGGUUGGUCGGGUUCAGACAAAGGCAACAGGAAUCGAGGUGUGUGAAAGUGAGGGAGGGAGCGCUUGUGGCCCGUUCACUGACUGCAAUGAAAGUAUCAUUACACAGGCGGGGAGAAGUAUGGACACUAUCGUUCCACCUGAAACCAACGUAACGGACGGACCUCCCCGUGGUCCGCGGUCUCACGCCACCUAUGCAGAUCUAAACAAAGUGCGUGAGUGCAUUUUCUGGCGGCGGUUACCUCCUAUGCCUCCCGUUGAGCUAUUAUCCAAAUCAACGAUGCGCUGCCAUGUGGACCUCUCCCCUUAUGUGGAUCUCAGCACAUAUUACGUGCGUGACGUGAUGUGCAUCUCGCGGACGUAUUAUAUAUUCCGUCACUUGGGGCUGCGGCUUCUUCCGGUAGUGGAUCGUCGGCAUCGUGUUAUUGGAGUUAUAACCCGCACAAACUUAUUUGGUGACCGCUUACAGGAGCGACUAAGAGAUGCCGAAGAAGCAGGAAGGCUAGCGGCCGUGCCGAGGGCCUAG